GGCCAUGCACAGAGUCUCCCUGUUGACGUCAUCUCGGCUCGAGCCCACCGGCGGCUUCCGGCCCCACUCGACCACCGUCCAUGUCCCGUCCUCGUUCUUCGUCUACAGUCAUUACUGUCUGCAAGUCUACGAGUACACCGUCUCUGUGCCUGUGCACGUCGUCUACAAUAACAUCAUCUCGCGUGCCCUGCUCGUCACCGCCUCGUCCCGUGCCGGCAAACAGCAGCAGCAGCAGCAUCAUCUCCUUUCUCAUGCCUUAUUGUUCGCCUCGCAACAGCUCCUCACGCACGGAUCCGCCAUGUUUGCAAAGACGGUAGUCGACUUCUGGCAGUCCAGGAGGAUCCAGAAGAUCCGCGCCAAGCUCUUUUACGAAUUCGCAGUCUUCAUCCUCGGCUGCGGCAACGCCUUCUUCCUCCUCGUCUUCUGGCCGGGCUGGCUGUUCCUCGGCGCUGCCGCCCUUGCCCUGCGGCAACUCGCCGGCUGAUGGACUGAUUCACGC